UUCAUCUGACAUUCGCCUCGCAUUUUCGCAACAAUAUAUGUUAUACGUUCUCUGAAGCAAAUUUCUGUCAAAACCGGCUGUGUGCAAACGAUUGGUGAAAUUGAAGGAUCGAAGAGAUAAAAAAUCUUAGAAUACAUUUUGCAUAGUUUUUAUAAGCAUAAAUAAGCUAUUAAUAUUUUAAUAUAGUUAAGAAUAUGUCUCUGAUGCCGGGACCAUUAGCGCAGAAUGCCAUCGAACCGAUGCAAGUGGACGCGCCCGUUGAAGACAAUGAUAACAACGAGGAGCAUCAGCUAAUUGUUGAAAAUCCAUCACUUGAUCUCGAGGUUUACGCAAAUGCCUAUACCGGUUUGGCGACUUUGUAUCGUCUGAAAUUUGUUGCCGAUGUUUGUCCUACGCUCCGAUUGGAAGCACUGAAGAUGGCUAUAAAACAUGUAAUGACCACGUACAAUGUCAGCAUGUACCAAUCACUGCACAAAAAACUCUUAGAACUGACUGGUGUUGGGGCAAGCGGCUCGGGACAAGCGGCUGGUGCUGGUCUACCAGAUGUAGCUGCGCAAUCGGCUGCGCCAGCUGGUGCCGCUGCGGGCAGUGCUGGCGCAGAUGCGUUAGACCUACCCGCUUUCGAUAGUAACUGGGUAGAAACAAAGAGUAAACAGGCUGCAUUCAAUUUGGAAAAACUAGACUCGGAUUUAAAAAAUUACAAAUCAAAUUCAAUCAAAGAGAGUAUACGACGUGGACAUGACGACUUAGGCGAUCACUAUUUGAGCUGUGGUGAUUUAACCAAUGCCCUGAAAUGCUACUCACGCGCUCGUGAUUAUUGUACCAGCGGCAAGCAUGUUAUCAAUAUGUGUCUAAAUGUAAUAAAGGUGUCGUUAUACUUACAAAAUUGGGCGCACGUAUUGAGCUAUGUUAAUAAAGCAGAGAGCACACCUGAUUUUAUGGAUGGACCGAAAGAAGCCAAUUUGUCCGUCGCUACUCGUCUCAAAUGUGCAGCAGGUCUCGCUGAACUGCAAACAAAGAAAUAUAAAUCUGCGGCUAAGAAAUUUCUACAGGCCAGCUUCGACCACUGCGAAUUCCCAGACAUGCUAUCCCAAAACAAUGUAGCUAUCUAUGGUGGGCUCUGUGCACUAGCCACUUUCGAUCGUCAAGAGUUGCAGAAAAACGUAAUAUCCUCAAGCUCAUUUAAAUUGUUUUUGGAAUUGGAGCCACAGCUACGUGACAUCAUCUUCAAAUUCUACGAAUCCAAAUACGCAUCCUGCCUAAAGUUGCUGGACGAGAUUCGCGACAAUUUGUUGCUAGAUAUGUACAUUGCACCUCAUGUAAACAUCCUCUACACGAAGAUACGAAACCGUGCGCUUAUUCAAUACUUUAGUCCCUAUCUCUCGGCCGAUAUGCGUAAAAUGGCAACAGCUUUCAAUCGCACAGUGCCCGCUUUAGAGAAUGAAGUUAUGCAACUCAUACUAGAUGGUCAAAUUCAAGCGCGCAUCGAUUCUCAAAAUAAAAUCCUCUGCGCCAAGGAGGCCGAUCAGCGAAACAACACUUUUGCACGCGCUAUCAGUAUGGGUAGGGAAUACCAAAGACGUCUGCGUAUGACAAUUCUGCGUGCCGCAAUGCUUAAGAGCCACAUUCAAGUCAAAAAUGUUCCACGUGAAACUGGAAACCAUGGCACCGAUUUUUGUGUAUCCGCUGGAUCGAGUACUACCGCUCCAGUUAGAAAUUGAAUUCAAUUCAUCUGAUUAUAUUUGGAUACAACUAACAUAUUAAAUUUAGCAUUUCAUUCAUUAAAAAUAUGUACAAAAAUGAAA